AUGAAAAAUCCCCUGGCUCCGCCUGGCGCCUCUGUGAACACAUCAGGUGGGCUGACAGCCUUGGGUGCACACAUUGAGGCCACACGAGCUGGGCAAGUCACCAGCGUCUCUAAUCGUUCACCACGGCGACCUAGCCGACCUUUGGAGGUGUCGGAGACAGUUUACGUUCGCAUUGCAGCUGCGCAUGGUUUGAGGUGUCUUCAGUGGAACUGGACCCGUGCGCCAGGACUGAUUGUGGUGCUGAAGGUACGUCGUUGUGCGAGCUGGGACACAGGAAUGGCAAACACCGUCGCGGCGCCCCAGUUGUUGGUUGAUUAUCGACCGGCUGAUGUAGGUGCGGCGGAAGAUGAGUCGGAGGAGACUGUGGGGUGGACUGGCAUCUUUGCCACGCUGGAGAUCCUUGCCCUCACCGCCGCUGAUGGCCUCGCUGCCAAGCCAAGGGCGCGGGCCCAGCUUUCUCCGCGCUUUCUGGAGGCGAUCAUGGCGCCGGGGGCCAACAUGAGCCUCAACCAGGCUGGUUGGCUACAGUUUGAAGCGGGCGCUCAUGCGCACAUCAUGGCCCAACAUUCCACGGAGGAGAUGCAAAUCAUCUUGUACCGUGGCCGUGAUUUGGUGCUGUAUGAUGCGCAUCACCACAGGGCCUUCGCCAGAAGAGUGACCCAGGAACAAGCACAGGUUCUGCUGCACAAUCGGAGGCACAGCUCAUGCCCUCUCUGCAAACAGUCCUUGAGUGAGUCGUGGGCCUUUGUGGUUGAAGGUUAUUGGGAAACCAUCCGAAAAGUCUUCGCUGCAAAUGCGGCGGGCGAUGAAGAGGCAGCUGCAAUUGCACAGCUCCAUAGCAUAGCCGCCGGACUUUUGAAUACAGGUUACUAUGCUCGCUUCUUCAAGGAGGAACGCAAGUUGGGAUCGGGAUCCUUUGGUUCGGUCUAUUUGUGCACCCACAUGAUGGAUGAAAUCGAGCUGGGUAUCUUCGCGGUGAAGAAACUGGCGCUGGGCGAUGAUGCCCGACGCCUGCGGCAGGUGGUGCGGGAGGUGAAGGCCUUGGAGAAGCUCCGUCAUAUGAAUGUCAUCGACUACAAGCACUCCUGGCUGGAAAUUGAUCGGCACUCGGAGCUCUGCCCCUAUGUGCCCUUCCUCUACAUCCUCAUGGAAUACUGCAACUAUGGCUCCCUUGAAGGCUUCAUUUGGCACAAGGAUCCGGGUUUCAUUCGAGGGAGGCCAGACAAUGCGAGGAGAUCACGGGAGUUGUCAGAAGAGAUGAUUUGGCAUUUCUUCCAUGGAACCUGCAGCGGCUUGGAUCACCUGCAUUGCCGUGGGAUCCUGCAUAUGGAUCUGAAACCUUCCAACAUCAUGCUGCAUGUGGAUGAGGUUGCUGGUCAAGCCGCUGCGUUUCCACGUCCACUUCUAUCGGACUUUGGCACCUGUCAGAUGAUGGGCGAUGUCACGGGAGAAGUUCAUGGUGGCUAUGCCAUUGAGUUCUGCUCUCCCGAACGUUUGGAGAACGAGGAAAUUGGAGAGAAAGGAGACAUGUGGAGUGCAGGCCUGAUUCUCUACGCCAUGUGCUUUGGUGACCUGCCAUAUCACAGCGAAGAUCCGGCAGAGUGUCGACGUCAAGUCGUCAGCCACAAGGUUCUUCUGGAACCCCCUCGGGGAGGUGCCCAUCGCCGGUCCCGCGAAGUGAGCGAAAUCCUGUGGAAGGUGAUUUGCAUCUUGACCUCCCGCGCCCCCGUGGCUCGGCUCUCAGCGCGGCAGUGUGAAAUCCUGGCGGCGCAGCAGCUGGAGGAACUGCGCUGCCGCGUUGCGCGCGGCUCCACGUCACCGGGGAUGCAUCCACAGGCCGUCGCAAACGACAGCGAUCCACGCUGGACGGUGGACAACGAGUUCACCUUUGGCAUGGAUCCAACCGUCGAACUGCUGGAGAUGGAGGUCGUCAACGCCGGCACGUCCGAGUCGCUCGGCAAAGCCGUGCUGAGCUUGCCGGAUCUGUGCACAGGCGUGUUGCACCGUCGCCGUUUGCCUUUGGAGACUUUCUGCGGAGAGUUGUCCGUGGAGGUUCGCUGCGACGUGGCACAGCUAGUGAAACUGGAGCCAUCGGGGGAUCAGGCUCCAAAUGCUACGACUUCGCUCAGGUAUUUCGUAGCCCCUGAGAGGGUGCCUUUUGAAGCACCAGCGCCACAGGGCCUACAGCUGUCGCUGCCAGAGGAUUGGGAAGAUGAGGACUCGGGUGAUGAGGCCAUCAUUGACUUUGAACAGGCUGCAGUGGUCAAAGCCAGGCAACCACGGCAGACCUUUGCUGCUCCUGCGGACCUUUUCGGUGACUUGAGACUCGAGGUGGAGGACCCUAUGGGGCUGGCACAAAGGCUACAGCAUCGAUCAGAAACCUGUAAGCAGGCUCCACGCAGCCGGAGCUACUUCGAGUUGGCCAGCCUGAGAGAGGACAUGACAAUGAGAAGCAGAGAGACUCAGAACCAAAGCUCCGAAGGCGAUGAGGCAGCGAUGUCCAAAGCGCAGGAAGCUGCUGUUCAGAAGGCAGUUGCCAAAGAAAAGGCUACAGAGCGGAAGGCCCAGGACGAGCUGCAGAGAUUUCUAAGAAAAAUGAAAGAGCUGGAGGCCACACAAGCUGCGGCUGCCGAAGCAGCAGCGAGAGCCACGUCGCAGGAGUCAGAGAAGAGCACUCCUGCGACCGACACUGCAGAGGUCAACCUGCAAAGGCAGCCUUCCUUCCAGCCCAAGACACCAGCCGCGCCACCACCACCCACAGCUGCACCGCCCCUCGCGCCACCCAAAGCGCUAGCGCCGCCGGCGAAAACGCAGCCCAUGGGCGCGGAGAGGCCUGAGCCCAUGGCUCCGGAAACUUUGGCGCAGCCGAAGGCCAAGGCAGCUCAGCCUGCAGCGCAGGAUCCGCAGGACCGCUUUGCAGCCGCCAUGGCCAAACUAGCCAAGGCUGAGAAUGAACUGAGCGAGUUCAAGAAAGAUGCAAGCAGCAAGGACUUCAGGAUGGAGGUGAAAAAGCUGAUCAACACCCGCUUUGGACAAAUUUCCGCCACCUGGAGCAGGAUUCAGGAGUGCACAUCUGCUUUGUGCGGUAUACUGAGCAAGCACUCUCAGGACCCCGAGAUCCGCCAGAUCUACGUGGCGCACGCCAUGGCCGCGCGCCUGGCGGAUGACGCCGAGGUGAGCGUCCGCUCGCAGCCGCGCGCGGCCUGGUCCAUUGCGGAGGUCAGUUGCCGUAUUUUCGACAAGUCUCCGGCCGUGCAGGAGCUUUUCAUCGGCCUGAUGUGCCGCAACUGUCCACAUCUACGUGCCGACUUCUCAGCGCAGGGUCAGCGCGACCUGGCAGCAAGCAAGAGACCUCAGGAGGGAUUUACCGAGAUGGUGGACCGUCUCGUCAGCUACCAGCGCCUGUGGAACGUGAUCUUCACCACACAGGGAGAUCUUGGCGUGAUCUGGAAUUGGUUGGCCCGUGCACUGAACCAUUCGCCCUCCACGGCAAGCGUGGCCAUGAUCCAUGGGACCUUGGACAUGGUGGGAGCGGAUUUGCAGGCAAGGUACAAGAAGCAAUUUCACAAGCUGAUUGUCUACAUUGAUGGCAGAUACAUGGAAGAAGUGACUAUGCUGCAGUCCAACGUGAAGGGAGAGGAAGCGGAUCGGCUGCGGGCGAGCCAUAGCAGACUGUCCCGGUGGGUUCAAGACUUCAAAGUCACUGGACGCGCUGUGCCCCCGGAGGGGCGGAAGAUCCAUGCGCGACAGGAAUCGGAGCUAAACCCCAACAUCUGA